UUCAUUAUGUGUAUUAAGAUAUCAAAGCCGUCAUUAAGUUAUUAGGUCCAUCUAUUUUUUUUAAAUUGUUCUCUUCAUCAAAUUAUCAUGCAUAAUUAACAAUUUUAAAAUUAAAUUACAAUCAUUUUAGUAUAACUUAAAAGUUGAAUGUUAAAAGAAUUUAUUAAGUUCUUUCUUAAUAAAUACAAUGUUAUAAUAUUAAAUUUCUAUAAUAUCAUAUAUAUAUAUAGAUAUUUUUUCUUUUCAAAAAUCUUUUCUUUUUUUCUUGUUUGUCUACUCGUAAAACAAAUACCAAAUCACACAAAUUAAAAUGGCAGAAACUAGACAACUUAAUUUCCCCCGGUAUGCUCACGUUGAAGGGCAUACUGAUGUUUGUUAUUCUGAAGAUGGGAAAUACUUGAUAACUUGUGGCCAAGAUGGUGAUGUAAGAAUAUGGAACGGUAUAGAAGAUAGUGAUCCUAUAGAAAAGUGCGUGGGUAACCAAGCUUAUACUAUACACCAAAAAGGUGAAUUUUUGUAUGUUGGCAAUGACCAUCAUGCUCUUGAAGUUCAUACCUUUCCAGAAGCUGAACUCAUUGAUACUCUAACUAGGUUUACUGCACCAGUAUGUUGUUUAGAUUCAUCCAAAGAUGGUCAAUUAAUUGCAGCGGGAGGAUGUGAUUCUGUCAUUCAAGUUGUAAAUAAAAAUACAAGAGCAGUUAUAAAUUUCAAUGGUCAUAAAAGUCCAAUUCUAUCAGUUAAAAUAGAUCCAGCAUCUGAAUUUUUAGCAUCAGCAUGUUGUGACGGAAGUGUCAAAGUAUGGAGUAUAGAAACUAAAAAUGUUAUACAAGAAUGGUCAAAUGUAUUUUUAAAAAGUAAUGCUUUUCAUCAUUCAAAAAUCAAAUGUACUCCUCAUUGGGAACCUAAAGAAGGAAAUUUAUUAGCUAUACCUUUUGAUAAAGAAAUAAAAUUUUUUCAAAGAGGGGUUUGGCGAGAACUAUUUGUAGUUCAUGACUAUCGUUUGUCUAAUCAAGAAAUCACAGUUAUAAGUUGGUCAAAAUGUGGAAGAUAUAUAGCUGCUGGAACAAACACAGGUUAUAUAAUUGUGUGGAAUAUUUCAUCCAAAAUAGUUGUAUUACAUGCUGAAUGUAAAGAGCGUCAUUCUAUUAGAAGUCUAGUUUGGUGUCCUCAAAAAGGGACAAAUACAAUAGCUUACUGUGAUGAUCAUGGACAACUUGGUUUAAUUGAAAAUGCAUGUUCAGAUGAUGAUAUUUUAGAUGAAAAUAUUAAAAUGGCCUCUGAUGAUGUUCUUGAUUCUGAUUUAUUAUUGGAUGAUGAAGAAUCAGGAGAUAAUGUUAUAUCUCUUGAGAAAAUAAAAAAUGAAUCUGGUUUUGGAUUAUUAAAUGAUUAUAAAUCAGAUGACAAUGAAAAUAGUAAUUUAUCAUCAAAGUAUCUUCCACAAAUAGUUGCCCCAAUCGUUAACUUACAGAAAUCAUUUCAACCCUGUUCUACGCCUAUUCAUUUACAAAGACGAUUUAUGAUUUUUAAUGACGUUGGCUAUGCUCGUCAAACCAAUACUGAAGAAGAAAAUGUUAUUGAUGUUGAUUUUCAUGAUAACACUAUUCAUCAUGCUUUUCGUAUAAAAAAUGUUUUAAAUCAUACUUUAGCUGCAAUGAGUAAAGAUGCAUUAGUAUUGGGAUGUGAAACCCAAGAUGAUUUACCGAGCAAACUUGUGUGUAUUUUGCUUAAUUCCUGGGAUGGAAACCGUGAAUGGUCUGUUGAUUUACCUGAGAAUGAAGAUAUUGUUGGAUUAGCAGUAACUACAGAAUGGAUAGCAGUUGCUACCUCUUACCGCUUUCUUCGAUUAUUUACAAUAGCUGGUGGACAAAGAGAAAUUGUUUCAAUACCAGGCUCUAUUGUAGCUAUCAGUGGAUCUGAAAAUCGUCUUGUAGUUGUGCACCAUUGUGGAUCCCCUAUCCCAGAAGAGCAAAAUUUGCGUUACUGUGUUUAUAAGAUUGAUGAUCAAGUAGAAGAAGUUUAUACCGGAUUUGUUCCAUUAACACCAAAAAGUACACUUAGGUGGAUUGGUUUUUCUGAUUAUGGUUCAUUGUGUAUUUUGGAUUCAAUAGGAACACUCCAAAUAUUGCUAAAAUCAUAUUGGACUCCAUUGUGUUAUGUUGAUAAUUCAUGGAAAGAUUCUACAAAUCAUUACUUUAUUAUUGGUGUAAGUGAAGCACGUCAAGACAUACGGUGUAUUCUUUGUAAAGGAUCAUAUUAUCCUUCAACAACACCUCAUCCAUUUUUAAAUGAAAUACCAUGGCAGAUUCCAUUAUGUGAUAUAAAUCAAGAAAAAGGUGAAUUUGAAGAGAAAUAUUGGAGAUCACAUAUAGCUUUAGAAAUAUUACCAGAAAAUGAUGGCCAACAAUACCGUAAAGAAUUUAUGACAAUGUUUUUAAAACUCUUUGCUUUAGCGUGUAAGAGUGGUCAUAAUAUGAGAGCAUUAGAUCUUUGCAAAUUAAUCAAAUCAGAACAGUCCCUGAAUUUAGCCUUGAAGUAUGCAAUGCGUAUUGGGAAUAGCAACUUAUGUGAAAAAAUCACUAAGAUUAUAGAAAAUAAUUCAGAAAUUGAAAAUUUAGCUCCAGAGCCCUUCAAUGAACGACUAUUAAAAACUCAAUCAUAUAAUACACAAACAUCAUCUUUGCAACCUAAUACAAACUACAAUUCUCAGCAGUCCCAAGAUUUAUUUUCUGAAAAAUAUGAUUCUUGCAAUGACAAUAAUGUUGAAUCUUCAAGUAUAUUAGAAACUAUUAAAAAAAAAAAAAAUCAUGAUUUAAUGAAUGAGUCAAGUGAUAUAGAUCGAGCUAUCAAUCCUUUUCAAAAAAGAUCUGAUGACCAAGCAAAUAUAUCUGCUAUGACUGUAUCACCAUUGGAUUCAAAAAAUGAAUUUAUAAUUCAUAACAAGAAAAGAAAAUCAGAUUUAAAUGACAGUACAAGUGCUGAUGAUUCAUCAAUUAUAAAAUCAAAAAAACCUAAAGGAGUAUCUAAAUUAUCAUCUUUUGUUUUUAAGAAAAAUUAACAACAACAUUGUAUGUUGAAUACAUUUAAUUUUAGUUUUUUUUUAUAAACCUAAUUUAUUAUAAAUAAAAUAUACA